AUGAAAAUUUUAUUGUACACAAUUUUACUAUGUUACUUGCGAGAAUCAUGGGCUGCUCAAGUCCUGCUUUCUCCACAGCUAACUAAUUGGGGAACCUGGGGCGAAUUUGAGUAUUGCCCAGAAGGGUCAAAAGUGAUUGCAGCCCAAAUCAAAGUAGAACUAUGGAGUGGUGGAUUGAUUGAUGAUACUUGUCUCAAUGGGAUAAAACUCAUUUGUGGGCAGGUUGGUGGGGGUGUCACGAGAAACAUUACUUCCAAAGUUGGCCAGUUCGGAUCUUACAAACCUACAGUCCACUCCUGUAACGGAAAUGGAUUCAUGACCGGAUUUAUGCUCAGAGUCGAGGAAGAAGGAGGUGCAAUAAUUGAUGAAACGGCUACGAAUAAUCUGCGCAUUUUAUGUUCUGGCAGUCCCAAUGGAUUUAUUGAAUUGGAAGGUGAGCGUUGGGGAGAAUGGACGAAUCCUAGGAUUUGCGAUAGUCACGAGUACAUCUGCGGGUUGCAGACACAAGUGCAAGAUGGACAAGGAAUAACUGUUGAUGACACCUCCCUCAAUAACAUACGAGUUCAAUGUUGCGAUCUUUCUCAAGAGGAUUUGCUAUUCUACGGGAUAAAAAAGGAGCAGAAUGGAGUCAUAUAA